AUGUCGAACGGUGGGGCCGAGGACCAAGUGUCGCUAGUGUCUUCCAGGAGUAUCAACCCAUCGGCUGAUACGAUCACCAAAAUCGUGAGGCGUAUUCGUGCUUUGACACUUAAGUUGCUCCCUCUGGAAGUCGAGUCCGAUGUUCUUAACGAUCCUACGUCAACCGUUCUGACUUCAGAUUUCCUGCGCCGACUUCGCCGCUGUGCUUUCCAACCUCCACGUUGGCUGUUCAUUUGGGAUGCGGACCACAAUCCGGCUGAUUACGGUGAGAACAUGGGACGCGCCGCUGCAUGCGAAAUACUGGCACGCCGAGUCGUACAUACAUAUGAUUCGGAUAGGCUUAAUGCCAUAAUGUCGAAACGGUACAAACAUCUGGAAUGGGAUGGAGACGAAAGUUCGCUUGCUUCGGCCCUGGAAUUAGCCAUUGACCAGCAUUGUACAAUAUUUCUCUCUUCUAGCGAAUCUCAGUUUGUUGUUAAUAGCUUGUGGAGGGGGGACUGGGUUCAGAGGAACAACCCCGAUCACGAAAUUUACUGUCAUAGGCAUUUGGACCCUUCGAGGCUGGGUGUUCCCAGGUAUCAGAGUUGGUUUAGAAUGCUCAUCUGGGUCUUUUUCCUUUUGUUUACUCUCAUGCUGCAUUCCGCAAAUUCGCUGCAGAGUUUCGAUCCAUGGGAGGUGAUUCUCUAUUUUAUGACUCUUGCUUACACUAUCGAAGGUGAGUUUAUGUCAACACAUUGCAAUCAGAUAUACAAAAUAUUUCGCUUCUUCACCUGGAAGGUGCUCGGCUUCUGGAACAUGAUCUCACUUCUUACGGAUGCCCUCCUCGUCGCCGCAUUUUCUUUGCGUGUAGCUGGCUUGGCCAAUUCCAAUAGCGACCAACAGGCAUCCCACAAGUUGAAGAGUUUCCAGAUUUUGGCCUGUGUCGCUCCUUUGAUUUGGAUGAAACUCAUCACUGUACUCGAUGGAUUUAAAUAUGUUGGGACAAUGCAGAUAUGCGUUUCACGUAUGCUCCAGGAGUCAGGGAUAUUCUUGGCUUUAUUGUCCAUCUUGGGUAUCGGGUUUGCGCAGAGCUUGUAUGCGUUAGAUGCUGCGGACGGACACACUGAACACGGCUCACUGGUUUUCAACACAUUGAUCCAGGCUUUGCUUCAGUGGUCAGCGACCGUCACUGUGAUUCUUCUCAACAUCCUCAUUUCGCUCUUCUCAUCUGCGUAUGAUGAUGUUACAAAAGACGCCGCGGCAGAAUACCUUGCCUUCUUUGAAAUGAUUCGCGCACCAGACGACUAUGUUUUCCCUGCUCCUUUCAAUCUGAUCGAAGGGAUUUUCGUUGUUCCUUUCGAGCCCAUGCUUUCCAAGCAGGACUACGCCAAGCUUAGUCGAACGGUCAUGCUCAUAACUUUCUGGCCCGUCCUUUUCUCUAUCCACCUCUUUGAGACUCAUCUCGAUUUUAAAACCAAUCGGUACUUCCGCCAGUUUUUCAUGGUGGGGGAUGAUGGCGAGGAGGAUGAUCCGACCGUUCAGGACCCAGCCGUCGAAGGAGAGGAGGGCGACCUGCAAAUCAGCCGAGUCCCAUUUGAGAAGCUUUUGUCAUACUUCCCAAACACUCAUCAGUCCACAGAGGCCGCCAUUAUUGGGGAAAUUCGUGCACUUCGGGAGAAAGUUGAAGAAUUGGUAAGGAUUGCAGCACGGGAGGGGAAGGUAGACUAG